GGCCAUCUGCCUCGACCAACUGAAUUGCUAGAGAACCAGAAGUGAGCCGGGUGAAAAGUGCGUCCGUUUUGUGUUAUAAUUAUAGUUUAUGCUCAAUAUUUACUUGUGAGGUCACUGCAGAACUUUCCGCUCCGAACUCCUGUUGACUUCUCCCAUCCACAUGGUCUAUUUGUCCCAAAUGAGAGAGUGAUUCAGUCCUAGCAUCAUCACGUGUGCUGCAGCUUCACCGAGAUGCUGCUAGAACUUUGGUGUGUGGGCGAGGGAGGGGAACCGCGCACCCCCCUGCUGCUGCUGCUGCUGCUGUUGUUUUCACAAUUGCGUCACAAUUUGGUCAGAAGGUGUUGAAGAUCCACUAUCGUCUCCCUAGAGUUCAGCCAAGCGAGACAUCUUAAAAAACGACGUGGUUCGACCGUAUAGCAUCCUAACCAGCAUCAUCAUGACGCAGGCCAAGGUAGGAGGACAUCACGAGCCAAAUGUUUGGCCUAGAAAGUUGUGUAACCGCUUCUAAUCUGGAACAUACACUAACUCUGUGUGUGUUUUGGUUGUGUGUCAGUUGUCAAAUAAGGCACAUCUGCACAUCAAUCAAAAUUAUUAUUAUUAUUAUCUUUGCAAAUGGAUGCUGUUCAUUAGAAGCUAGUGUUUCCCAUAUAUUCAUUAAUGACCCAAAUACAUUAGAUUAAUGCUAAUAUAUGUAGCACUACUAUCCAUUCUUUUUCUAUGCUGCUUAUCCUGGGUAUGCUGGAGCCUAUCCCAGCAGUCUGUUAAAGGCGCAGGUGAAGCGUCCUCCAAUGAUGUUGAGACGCUUAGAGAGUUCACUUGGGAUGAUCGGAACAUCCGGAGGGUCUUCAUACGUAAAGUGUACACCAUCCUGAUGAUCCAGCUCUUGGUAACGCUUGCUGUUGUGUCUAUUUUCACUUUCUGUGAUCCGCUGAAAGACUACAUUCAAAGCAACCCAGGAUGGUACUGGGCUUCUUACGGUGUCUUUUUCGUGACGUAUUUGACUCUGUCUUGCUGCUCAGCACCAAGGAGACGAUUUCCAUGGAAUCUGAUUCUUCUCGCCAUCUUUACGCUCUCACUCAUCUACAUGACGGGGAUGUUGUCCAGGUACUGGUUCCUCCUUCCUUUAAUUUCCCAAAAGGUUUCUGACUUUGCUUUAAAUCUCUCCAAUCAGUUCAUGAACAGCAAUUUGUUGUUGUUUAGUGUGUACUCUCGUUAUAUUGUGUAUUGUCGUCAAAGCUUCUACAACACCAAGUCAGUGAUGAUAUGUUUGGGGAUUACAACUGCAGUCUGUCUCCUGGUCACAAUCUUGAGCUUCCAAACCAAGGUGGACGUCACGUCAUACCAGGGUGUGCUCCUCAUCUUCUGUAUGGUCAUGUUUAUCUCUGGACUGGUACUUGCUGCAGUUCUUCCCUUCCUAUAUGUACCGUGGUUAGAUACCACCUAUGCCGUUUUGGGAGCCAUAUUAUUUACCAUGUUUUUGGCAUUUGACACUCAGCUCCUCAUGGGGAACAAGCGCUACACCAUGAGCCCGGAGGAGUACAUUUUUGCCACUCUCAGCAUCUACCUGGAUAUCGUCUACAUCUUCUCUUUCUUUCUACAAAUUUUUGGAACAAGACAGGAGUAAUAAAAAAUGUUUUUGAGACUUGCAUAACAGGGAGGCACCAAUAUGAAUAAUAAUAAUAAUAUAUUUAUAGCAUUUUGGUGGAUGUGGUGACAUAUCCUCUCUUUGCAAAGAAGAUAUUUUGUCUGAUAUGAAUAUUAUUUUGACUCACUUGUGAUACGUAGUAAUUAUACAGUACAUACACAUCUGUUGGUAACAAACAAGUAUUGCACCACUCAAUGCUAUGGACGUGUUUGCUGUUAGAUGGCAUAACCAGGGCGCAUUUUUACAGAAUUUUAGUCAUGAAAACUUUGAUUCAGUGACUGGAAACACAUAUUGUGUAUUGUAGUUGU